AUGCGGAUACUGACGCACAUAAAUGUAGCCUCACUGCCUAUGUCUUCAGAUGAGCUUUAUUCUCUGUCAUCCACGCUGACGUCUUUAUUGGGAGCUCUUUUGGCAAAUGCUGCGCAAGGGAAUCUUGCUGGGAGCACGGUGCAUACGGUCAAAAACAUCUCGCUGACCAUGAUGCGUCACAUUACCAGCUUGAAGCAGCCCAUUGCCAAAUUUUAUGAAUUAGAGGUACUGAUAGGCCUUUUGGAGAUACUUGCCCAGACAUUCCUUCUUUUGAAGAAGCUGUCCACACGCCCACUGCAAACUAUCAUUUCGUACAUAAUCCAGUACUCAAGUUUACAUGCCCAACCAAGCUCUGCUGCAGAGGACGUUGAGGCAGGAUCUAGAAGACCGUCAGCAUCUCCCCUAGAGACGUGUUAUAGUCGAAUCACGGCAGUGUGCACUGAAUUACUGGGUUCCUUUUCCGCUAAGGAGCUUCAGCCAGUGUUAGUAACCGUUGCUAUGGGGACACCCUAUAUACCCGACUGCAAAGAGCUACUGAAGGUUUUUGCUUACCACCUUGUAGUUUCAUUUAUGUUUACAUUUGAUCCAAACACUCAGACGCUCUUAGAUAUCAACGGAACCUAUCUCUCGUUCCUCGUUCCCACUCCCUUUUUCCUGUCUAUCAAACACAAGUACUCCAUUGAGCUGAGCGAGUCAUCCUCGUCAACAACAACCACUGCUGAUUCAGAAGGUGACAGGUUUAUGCACGAGCUACUGCCUCUAUUCAAACAGUGCUGUACCAGAGUACACUACAAGAUUGACUUUCUUAAAUCAAAAAAAUCCAAUCCGUGGCAAUCUUUUCAAUAUUAUUUAACGUACUUUUUAUACACAAAGGGAAUUUAUUUAGAUGAAACAAAUUUGAUACCUAACUUUGAUCAAACCCGGAUUGCUACCACUGGUCUUCUCAAGAAAACCACAAAGGCGUACACACAAAGUGUUCGGCAGCUUUUUGAUGGUGAUCUGAUCAGUCUGUCACUGAUUUGUACAAUGCUACGCGAAAACAAUCCCAUAAUUAUGUUUUUGCAGCCAUAUCUCCACAUCCUAGAGUACACAUUUGUGUUUGGAGACAGGGUUUCUUCGGUGAAACAGUUAAAUGUGCUGUACAACUUACUUUCGGACAAGCUAUCAGCUCUGGCGCAGAACGCAGCCAAGUUGCCACUUCUUGUAGAGGGAGUCAUGAUUACAUUCUACAUGGCAGAAACUCUACUUCUUGUCACCGCAGAGGCUGCCAAUUACUGUCUCUGUCCCCAAAUCAUACAGCUUUUUGAGGGAGACCCCCAGAAAGCCAACCUAAAAACUCCGUCAAUGAGUGGCUCGUGCACGCGGAUUGCUUCUCGUUUUUCCGUAGAAUUGGAUGUGUUCUUACAAAUACUUAUGCCACUGUUGUCUAGUGACCAGCAUGCUACAGAAACGCUACGUACCACCGUCUUAACCGCUUUGUCCAGUGCGUCAUUCUAUAGCUCGGUACUUUCCUUUGUAUAUGGGAGCCUUCAUACGUAUCCCUUUGCAUUGGGGAUAUUGGGUCCAUACUGCAAGACUAUACCUCUCUUUAUUGAGCUGUCUGAGUUAGACAUUACGAGAUUGUGUGAAAUAUUUAGCAGAGAGCAUUCGUUUACUAAUUUGACUAAAUUUGUUCGAGGUGUUUACGACGCCUUUUCAAAGAGGCUUGUUACGCAGGGGUAUGUUAAUACAAAUCACCUGAAAAACAUUAUCUAUGGCAUGCAUGCGCUCUUCUUUCAUCGCUGCUUUGCAGUACAGUUCCUCUUAAAAGCCGUUUCUUUAUCAAUGGGGCAAGCACAGGCGUUGCAUCUCAACGACCUUCCGGUUCUCUCUGUGAAAGCUAUCAUCGAAAGGUCUCCGCUCAUGUCCUACAUAUCAAAGGCAAGGCUUACUUCCCAGCUCUACCUAUUGCUUAUGUACGGAUACAUCAUUCUAGACCAAUUUAUCAUGGUCUAUUUCUACUCACGAAAGUACCACGACACUCUCCAGUUGACAUGCCUUGACUUCUUCUCGAUGGUCUCUGAUGAACUAACACGUUGUCGCAUGCUCGAGACAGAUUUUGGACAACACGGCACGAAAGUUGUUAAGCAGGUGCCCCCUUCCAUGCAUCACGAUGAUCUUGCAUUGGAGGAUUUAUCCGUUGGCGACACUGUGUUGUGCACUUCGGACAUUUAUUCGUCGCUGGCGUACCUACGCGCAGAGUCUGCUCUCAUUUCUGCGACUGAGGCAGUUAUAUAUACGCCGCAAAACUGGAGCGCUCUGCUCUUUGGGUCACGCACUCUUAAGCAGCUUAUGAACGUCAAGUCCGGUUUGAGAGCCUUUAGCUCCCAGAUCUCUGCUUUGCUACAACGGCCAGACAUCUUCACAUUUACUUAUGCAAUACUCCUUAUUUGUGAGGUGCUCUGCUGCGAUUCUGGAAAGCUGUAUGGAUACUUUACCUUUCCACUCAAUCACGAGGACCGGUUGGCUCUAACGGGCAUUCUGCGCCCCUUCCUGGAGCUGCUUGUAGGUAACUUUACAGAUAUAUCUGUGACGACCGAACUACAGUAUAGCCUCUUCUCAUCUCCCAGUGGGAGCUCAACAGAGUUCGUUGUAGGCUUGCUCAAGUCGUUGGAACUGGCUUGCCAGCCGAUUUUACAAGAUAUAACCCCUGUUCUUCUGAAUAGAAUAGCCUUGAUCAAGGCGUCUAUUUACAAGACAGAGCACGAGGAGCUGUCGCGAAAUCUCUUGGUGCAGCCAGGCCUGACUGCUGGGGUUUAUCAGCUAAUUGAUUGGGCUGUUUCUAAUUCAGAGAGAGCUGCAACUUUAAUAGUAUCACCAUCUUAUGACGUGCAGUGUCCGUUUCAUUCUGUCACACCCGGAUUAUCGUUACACAAGUCGCUUGCUCGCGCAUCGUAUAAUUACACACUCUGUCCUCGGUGUGCAUCAGACAUUGCUAGUUAUAAGGUUACAUCUGCAGAUUGCCAUUAUGUCCGUAUUGUUUCUCUUUGCGAUGUCUUUAGUCGCUCUAUGACUGCUCAGUCUCAUGCUCUUGAGGAACCGAGUGGUCAAUGUUUGUCAUCGCUUUCUCAUAACGCUGCGUUGAGCCAAGCCUCGGAGCAGGGAUGUUCUCUAUCAGCAGCUAUCAACUUGAAAGGCUUUUCGGUUAAGCUCUAUGGAUCUCUAGAUAUUCGCACAGCAAUGACGAUUCUUUCCAGGCUUUGUGGUGUGGACGCCCUCUCCAGCUAUACAACCUUAUUAGCAGCAGCUGUUAGCUCCACAAGCCAAGGUAGCUUUUCCUGGCUAGGAACCCUUGCGCAUCUACAUGGCAACAUACUGCGAGCACUGUUCUUCAGCCACGCAGCUGCAUUGUCUACUUUGGAGACUUCAAAGCCUACUGAAUCGGACAAAGCCCAAUGGGCCAAAACACUUAUAAUCGCCAAUGCAGAGAUGCAAAAGUGCGCUACUCAGUUACUCCCUGCUUUCAUUGGUGCAUGGAAAGGACUUCUAGACCCCAAAUAUAACUUAGACAUAUGUACUCACCUCCUUAGGGACACUCUUAGAGGAGAAUCGGUUUGUGAAUAUGAGUGUAUUCAAUCGGACAUCUUGGAGAUUUACCGACUACUUAUGGAGGUGAUGUCUCUGGCCAUUGAGCCUUUGAAGAGCCUGUCUUCCGUAACUGCCAGUGUAGGCAAAGAAUCAGCGUUUUCACUAACUAUCCUGGGGCUAAUGGGCAUUUCCCGUGGAGGAAACUCAGAUCUGGAGCUAAUUAUUGUUAGCCUGACCCUUAUUGUAGGCAUUCUUAGCGACCUAUCUACUUUUGCUCUUCCAUCAGCUAAUUUGGCGUGCUCUUAUCUUACAAUGCAGUUAAAGGACUCUACUAAUGCAAUUGCUGCACUCCACUCCUUGCACUUGGUGUUGUUCUCUCUACCUUUUUCACAAGUCUAUGAUAGCAUAGCACAAACACCAGCUGUAUUGGGUGCCAGGCAGACACUCGACAGUGUGAUUGCCUCUGGGUGUCGACAAUUUUCUACUCUUCUCAUGUCCCCAGAAGCAGCGCAGGAGCUAAGCACGGUCCUUUUUGCUGGUGAUGCUUCUAGAUAUUUUCUUAGUUGCGUGAAGAUUGCUUAUAUUUUACGGAAAUUAAGCCAAGCAUCUGUGAAAAUGGCAGUAUCUAAAGUUGUUCUUAAUACAGACAGCGCAUUUUAUAGGUUUCCUUUCGAUCAUAGUCCUCUCUUUGCCCCCGAGACGAUGGUGUCACGAAUCCAUGCCGGUGCAGAAACGAGGAUCGGUCCGCAGCGACGCUUUUUGAUCGAUCCACUAGGAGAUCUAAGGCGCACCCGGGAGCGUAUGAAAGGCUUAAUGUUAGAAUUGCCUGGUAAUUGGGAUGGCCUGUUGGGGAAAGUAGAGGGCGGGUCAGCAGAUUCUAGACAACCUCUAGCCCUCUUAAAAGAGACAGCGGACGGCGUGUUCUUCUUUGCUGGUCAUGGAUGCGGGGAAGCAGUUCUUCCGUUAAACUCAAUCGCAGAGCUUCAGCAGCUGCCAUUUUGCCUCUUCAUGGGAUGCUCUUCUCUGAGCCACAUCCCUAUUGGACAUCGAUAUGAAGUCGGAACAUAUCAAUACUAUUCUUCUUCUCCACUGAUGCUCGGCACCCUUUGGGACGGUAUUUCUGGCGAGCUGGACAAUAUCACUGCACAUUUUAUGAAGCAGUGGACUAAGGGAGAAAAGGGGCUUUAUUCGUGUCUUGCAGAUGCCAUUGCAGAAAGCAGCCUCAGAUAUCUAGUUGGCUAUUCCAUUAUUAUCAUUGGCGACUCAAGUACCAAGUACAUGUGUUAG